GCUGACGUAGUUGCAAAAUCUAGAACCAGGCUGGAGCUGCUGCUGCUGCAUGUAGCAAUUAGAUUACCAGCAACUCUCUCUUCCCUCCCUUUUUUGAAAACGACGAAAUUCCAAAUCUCAGUAAGCGUUAAAGAGGAAAGGAGUGACGACACAGUCACGUUUCUUUCAGAUCCGACCGUCGCUGCCCACCGCCAUGCCAUCCUCCGUCCAAUUCUUCUCUCUCUUCGCCUUCAUUUUCAUCCUUCUCUCUCCCGCGCUAGCUUCCGAGUCAGAUCAUAAGUACCAACAGGAUGAUCCAGUUACUCUUUGGGUAAAUAAGGUUGGCCCUUACAAUAAUCCACAAGAAACAUAUAACUACUACAGCCUCCCCUUUUGCCAUCCAUCAGGGAAUCCUGCUCAUAAAUGGGGUGGUCUUGGUGAAGUCCUUGGUGGAAAUGAACUUAUUGAUAGCCAGAUCCACAUAAAGUUCCGAAGUAUUUCACUUGAUUAUAUUCUUAAAUAUAUUAUAUAUUAUGGUUCAUUAAUAAUUGUGGUUUCAUAAGUUUGCCCUUCCCUUUUCUUUCCCCCGAGAAUGUGGAAAAAAGUGCCAUUUGUCAGCUGGAACUAGACGAUGCAAAGGUUAAGCAGUUCAAAGAUGCAAUAGAGAACAGUUAUUGGUUUGAAUUCUUUGUAGGUAUGUCUAGAUUCCUCUGCAUCUUGUUUGAUGCAGAGUUUAAAUGAUUGUUGUUUUAGGUUGUCUAUAUGGCUAGCUUUCUCAAAGUGCUUACUCUUUAUCUUUCCUUAUUUUUUGCUGAUGUCAUGUUUCAUGGCCACUGCCACGCUGAAAGCUCAGAUGAUCUGCCUCUAUGGGGUAUGAUUUAACAUACUGUUUAUGGCCAACCGGGCCUGAGGGCCAAUGGUUGGCUCCCAAGCCUUAAGGUUUGGAUAAAGCGGAGGUCAAGCUUUGGGUGAGGCGGAUGUCAGGACUUGGGUGAGGCGGAAGUCAGGGUUUCGAGUUCUGCCACCGCCAUGAACUCCACAAACUUGCGACCUAAUGGUCGCGCGCCUCAUACGAGGGGGUGGAAUGUUCACUAUUCUGGGAAAUCCUAGUUGUU